AUGCGAGGGAGUUUAUCAGGUUUUGUUAACAGGUUAGAGCUAUAUUGGGUUAAGAGAUCUCUACAUCGACAUAUCUUCGCUCGUUUUGAGGUGUAAGUUUUUUUUUAUGUUUUUUGAGGUUUAGGAAGUUCAAGAUUGAGAUGUUUGGGUAAAAACGAUGGAGAAGGAUCUAAUUGGUUUAGUUUUGAAGAAACAGAUCGAAUGAAUCUACGUUAUUGCUCUGAAAUAUUGUUCAGAAUGUUGACAUAGACGGAAAGGUUUAUAUUGAACAGAAACUGAAAUAUUUAGUUUUUUCUUUACGUUUUAAGUGUUAAAUUGCAAUAAUUUAUGUUUUAGGCUCAAAAUGCCGUUUUACGCGGUAGCCAAAGGCCGAAACGUUGGUAUCUACAAUUCGUGGGACGAUUGUAAAGCCCAAGUUAAUGGAUUCUCUGGCCCUGUGUUUAAAAAGUUUAAUUCUCAAGCAGAAGCUCAAGAUUUCGUCGAUUCGAAGAGAUCUGCAGGUUCCAAUGGGUAUCAACGUCAAUAUCAAGGAAACUCAGGGAUAGAGGUGGAGAGUAAGUUGAUUUUGUUAUUGUUUUUUGGUUUUAGGUACAAGGCAGCUUUUUCUUCAAAAAGGGGUCAAGAAUUGGUAGUUUUAAGUCAUUAGGUAUCAAAUAGAAAGUAAAUUGUUAAAUUUUAGGUAACAAAGUGAAAUUUUUUGAAUUUUAGGUAACAAAACCCCGUCAAAUUCAAUUACCAACUCAAAACCAUCAACAGCUGGUUAUAAUACUAACAGAAGAGCCCUGUUUGGCAGUGCAAAUGUGUCGAGAGGUCCAUUUACGAUACCUUCAAACCGAAUGACUGUUCAAGAGCCAUCUUCAAGUCAAAGCACUGAGAAUGACAGAGGACCUGUGAGGAAACGGUUCCACCACCCGAAUGGUGACUAUGGAGGUGCUAAAAAGGCCAAAUUUUCGUAAGUUCUAUGCUUGUAAAGAAAAUUUUUGCCUUUUUUGUAUUGGAAAGAAAGUUCUUGCUAUUUUUUGUUUUUUUAAGAAACUUUUUGCAAUUUUCUGUUUUUUAAAGAAAGUUCUCGCCAUUAAAAAAGCUUUUUUUUCAGAAACCCUCAUUCAGAUGCACCUACAGUAUGGACAGAUGGGGCAUGUCGUGGAAAUGGCAAGAAACGUGCUAGAGUAAGUUAAUAUGGCAUUUUUGGUUUUGUAAAGAAAGUUCUUGCUAUUUUUUGCUUUGUUAAGAAAGUUUUUGCCAUUCUUUGCUUUGUAAAGUAAGUUCUUGUCAUUUUGUAAAGAAAUUUUUUGCCAUUUUUUGUCUUGUAAAGAAAGUUCUUGCCAUUUUACGUAUAACAGACCAAUUUUGUCUUUUUGCGGCCUGCGGGUUACAUCUUAUACGAAAGCUACCAAAAAUAGCAAGAACGUUCCUUACAAGAAAAAAAUGGCAAGAACUUUUUUUACAAAUCAGAAGAGUUACAAUUUCAUUACUUAAACCUACUAAAAUAUCCUUUCAGGCAGGCUGGGGCGUGUUCUGGGGUGAUGGUCAUCAAGACAACAGUUGUGGCCCACUAAUCGGCCAAGAACAAACCAAUAACCGUGCCGAAUACACGGCCGUCAUCGAGGCUCUGAAGACGGCACAACGCAAAGGCUACGACAAGCUCAAUAUCAACACGGAUUCGAACCUUCUAGUCAAGUCCAUGACCGAAUGGAUGCCAAAAUGGCGACGGAAUGGCUGGAAAACAGCGGCCGGUGCACCAGUCAAGAACAAAGACUUGUUGGUGGCCAUCAAUGAGCUGUGCCAGAAGGUGAACACCCACUUCCAACAUGUAGAUGGCCAUUGUGGCAUUCACGGCAACGAAAUGGCCGAUCGACUGGCCUGUCGAGGCGCUGACGAACGACAGGACUUGUAA